ACGCACAAAUGACAAAAGUGAAAAGUCUAACCUCAAUUUUUGGAAAACAAAUAGAAUGAUUUUGGCACGUUAUUCACGCAAAUUAUUUAAUCCAGUCAACCUGAAUAAAUUCUACUCAUCAUAUUCUGUCCCCGAAACAACCAGUUUUCCUCGGCGAAUUUUCUCAGGAAUUCAGCCAACCGGUCAAAUUCAUUUAGGUAAUUACCUUGGCGCUAUAGCACAAUGGGUUAAACUCCAACAAGAUAACGAGGAUAUGAUUUUGAGUAUUGUGGACUUGCAUUCAAUUACUUUGCCUCAAGACCCCAAAAUCUUAUCUAAUAAUAUUCUCGAAAUGACAGCAACUUUACUAGCUUGUGGGAUAGAUCCCUCUAAGGUUAUUUUAUUUCAACAAUCGAUGGUACCUGCCCAUACCCAUCUCUGUUGGUGCCUAGGAUGCAUUUGCACAAUGCCUAGGCUUGCACAUUUACCAGCUUAUAAAGAAAAGUCAGCAAAUUUGAAAGACAUCUCCUUAGGCCUUUUUGUUUAUCCAGUCUUACAAGCGGCCGAUAUUUUAGCUUACAAGGCAACCCAUGUCCCUGUCGGCGAAGACCAAGCCCAACAUAUCCAACUCACCCAAGACUUGGCAAGAAUGUUUAACAAGAGAUACGGGGAAACAUUCCCCAUCCCCCACUGUAUUUUCACAGGGGGUGACUAUUCAAGACUGCGAAGUCUCAGAGACCCCAAUAAAAAAAUGUCAAAGUCAGAUCCCGAUCCUAAGAGCAGAAUUUGCCUAAUUGACCCUCCUGACGAGAUUUUGAAGAAAAUAAAAAAAUCGGUGACCGAUUUUACCUCAGAGGUGACCUACGACCCUGAAAAUAGGCCAGGGGUGUCAAACUUAAUCAGCAUUCACUCAUUCGUCACCGGGAAAACUAUAUCACAGAUUUGUGAUGAAGUCAAAAAUUUUAAUACUGGACAAUACAAGCUUCAAGUUGCUGAUGCGGUGAUAAGUCAUGUAGGACCUAUACAGAAAAAAAUUAGUGAUUUGUUGAAUAAUCAAGACUUUUUGGUACAAGUGCUAAAAGGUGGCGCAGAAAAGGCUGGGGAAAUAUCAGAGAAAACGCUUCAGGAAGUUAAGGAUAAGUUGGGGUUGCAAUUUAAACGCGAAACUGUACAUAAACAAAUAUUAAAUUUAUAAAAAAAAUACAACCGCCGCUUUUCUGUGAUGAUUAAUUACAUCGUUACGGUUAUGUAGAUAGAACGGAAUUAUAAAAAAUGAACAAUAAAACCAUACACUAGGAAGUAAUCGUAAGACUAAAUUUUCAACAUCUGUUAUUUUUAGUAUACUAUUAUUAAAUUUUUUGAUCACCUAAAAACUGAUCAAAAACGCCUGAUUUGACAAGCUUAAUCUGACCAUUUAGGAUAAA